UUGUGCGGAUGCGAGUCUCUAUUUGCGGUGGCCUGGUUACACUCCAUACCAAAAGGGCUGCAGAAGAAGAUGGAUGAACCGGGAGCCGAUGUGGAGGAGUGUGUCCCUGUCAUUCAGGCCCAAAAGCGACUGGAUGAACCCUACCCCUCUCACCUGGAGGUUGCCGUAGAUAAAGACAAGCUGAAGAGGCAGGAGAUGGAGACGAACCUUCUUCAUCAGCAGCUGAAAGGGGCUGAUGAAGAGCAGAAAAAGGCGGUUUUGAAAGCACGGGAGCAGAAAGAAACCUUAACCAUUUUUAAACAAAAGUACACUGCAGCAAUAGAAAAAGUGCAUAAGGUGCAAGGGCAAGUGGAAUUCUUAGAAGAGGAGCUACGGUAUUCACAGAAAAAGCUCAAAGAGUCACAGUUAGAAACUCAUUCGGUCCAGGAAGAGUUAGCCGAGCUGGAGAGGCGAUACGGGGAAAAGGUUAGCCAUUGGGAGAGCUCGCAGGAGGCUCUCGACCAGUUGACAGAUGAGCUGCAGGCCUAUCAGAGCGAACUGGGAGAGAGCCAGCGAGAAAAGGACCAUUUCAAGAUCAUGAUGGGAUCCCUGCAGGAACAGAUGGACACACUAAAACAGCAGGUUCGGACAAACAUGCACCGAACUCUGGCAAAAGAUGAUCUGGAGAAGAGUCUCGCUGCAUCUCACCAAACGCACCUGAGCAGUCGCAGGAAACUGGAACAGGAAGUGACACGUUUGAAACAAGAAGUAUCGUCCUUAGAACUAAAACUGGCCGGCACCCAAAAGCUACAUGUGAUGCUCCUCAGAAGGGCGGAGGAGCAGCUGAAGGAGGCCAAACAGGAGUCUGCGAUGAGGAGUAAGGAGGUGGAUGUACAGAGAGGGGAGUCGCAAAGACUUGUGGGGUUGUUGCAGAAACAGGAGGAGAAGAUGAAGACAGCUGCUGGAGAGAUGAAAAGCCUGAGAACAUUUGAUUGGCAACUGAGGCAAGAGCUGGAUGAGCUACACAGCAAGCACCAAGAGGCAGUGGAGGAGUUGGCAGCUCGUGCAGAGGAGGCAAGGCGGAUGGAGGGGUGCCCGAAUGAGCGGAAGCUAGCAGAGGAGAAAAUAAGGUCGGCGGCUGUGCGGCUGGAGAAGGAGCUGAGCGAGAUCAGGGAGAACCUUCAGCAGGCCGUUGAUCAGAAACUUACGGCAGAGAGAGAUAAACAGGAUGCACAGGAGCGGGUAAAUAUUUUGAGCCAGUUUCCUUAA